AUGACAACACCACAGCAGCCCCCAAACGACAGCUGGCUUCAAGAUAGUUAUAAUUCGUCGGAGGACUCGAUGGACUAUCCAAUAGUCAAUACAGACCUCCUAGUUAACGUGCCGCUAGACUUUAUCAGAGAUACCUUUAAUCACGCAGACCUUCCAGAGCUCUUCACCAACUUCGAAGCCGUGUUACAGGGGCUAGAGUUUUCCUACGAGGCUGACACAGAGAAACUUGAGGACGCGAGCCUUCAGGUGGAGAUCGGACUGCUCUACGGUCUGCUCCAUGCGCGCUUUGUUACCACUGAUCAAGGUUUAGCAAAGCUUAGCCGGAUGUUUCUGGCUGGAAAGUUUGGUAUGUGUCCAAGAGAAGGCUGCAAAGACUGUCCCUUACUUCCCGUUGGUGCCAGUAACGUGCCAGGGGUGUCUCCGUUGGGAGGAUACUGUGUCUAUUGCAAGGAUGUCUACCUUCCGUUAUCGCAUGACGUUCUGAAGGGAGAGCUUGUAGACGGAUCCUUCUAUGGCAGUAGCUUCCCUCAGGUCUUUCUUUCUAGAUACCCCAAGCUAGAGUCUAAGCUCAUCGCCAGUCUAGACGCCUCAACAAACUCAGAUAGUCCGACAUACUACAAAGAUAUUGACGCAAAGCUCUCCAAAGAGAACAUGCACCUCUUCGGCUUCAAGAUCAAUUGGGGGCUUGUAGAAUAG